AUGACGAAAGAGAUCUACCAGAUGAUCGCGGACACCAACCGCAGAGUUGACGCCGUUGUAACCCAAGCAACCCCGUCACAAAUCUCUGCCGGACAAUCGCCAGCACUCACUUUGGGCGGACUCACUCGUCGUCUCGACUUUUCUGACGGACAAUUCGAGCAGAGGAAUCCUCCCCCUCAAACAACGUCGAGCAUUCGACCGACAAAUCCGAAUUUACGGAUACACGAGAGCUCGACCGCCCCGGUCACCCGCCUUGCGAACUCCGGACCUUGCUUCGAACUCGAAGAAAUCAGGUCGCAGAUUAGCGGCAUGAACACGCUCCUCCAUCGAGCUAUCAGCACGGCUCCCGAGAUCGAUAGGAUUGUCGAAGUAACUCGGCAAUCACCCUUCACUCAACGGAUAGCGCGGGCCGCCAUACCGAACGUCAAACUGAAGCUUCCAAUCUACCAAGGAGACAAAGAUCCAGUCCAGUUCAUGACAUCCUUCAUGGCGACCAUGUCAAAAGCGCGAUUCACCGACGAACAGAGGGACGCCGGUUGCUGUCAGCUAUUCGUGGAUAGCCUUUCCGGCGCUGCCUUGGUAUGGUUCACAAGGCUCGAGCCGAACUCGAUCGACAACUUCGACGACUUAUCUAAGGCCUUCCUCAAGAAUUAUCGAAUCCUCAUCGAACCAGGCGUAACAAGUUCAGAUCUAUGGGAGAUGGCCCAGGAACGGGGAGAACCCAUCGCCAGUUUCUUGAACAGAUUCAAGGAGAAGCUGACAAAGGUCAACGUACCGGAGGAUGCAGCAAUGGCAGCCUUCAGAAAGGGUUUAAUCCCUGGAUCACCGUUACGAAAGGACCUUAACAUCCGGGAACCCAAGGAUCUCGACGAUGCGCUACAUCGAGCCUCUAGAUUCGCGCUCGACGAGGAGGAAGAAGCCCGAAUAGCCGCAAAAACUAAUGAUGAACAGCCAUCACAUCCCGCUAAGGCUAAAAACCGGGUCGAACACCACGAACCCCGCAAGCACCACGAACCUCAGGAUCGAAAAAAGGGCGUCAUCCACGCAGUCUCCGAGGUGGACGAUCAGGACAAGCAGCCAUCUGACCCGAAGGAACUCUACUGCGAUUUUCACAUGUACCCCGGUCACUCCACACAAGAGUGCGUCCACCUGAAGAACUACCUGUACGCAAAGUAUCUUUCUGGCGAAGUCGAAGCUACUUAUCAGCCAAAAAGCGCCCGUGGAGGUAGAGGUCGCCGAGGCGGAUGGCGCGGAGGACGAUCUAACCGAGGCCGUGGCGCAGGCGGCGGACGGGGUUACGAUGGACCACCCAACGCAGCCCAACAGCUGGUCAACCAAGCACCCGUGAAUCACCAGGAGGAGGCGCCCCAAGCAGACGAACUGCCUGGCCCUCCCAAACGACAGAGGGGACAAAACCCGGAGCGGGCCAAUUCUCCUCCUCGUGGACGAAUAACCAUGAUACUUGGUCCACCAGAGGACUGCGCAGACUCUGUUCGCGCACUAAAAAAGAGGGCACGACAAGUUUGCGCCCUUCAAACUGCUCCGAGCGAGCCUUCACUCUGCAAGGACCCGAUAUCAUUCACUUCGGAUGACGCCAAAGGGAUCCGACACCCCCAUUCAGACCCUUUGGAUAUCAAAGUCUCGAUGGGCGACUUCGACGUCGAACGAGUCCUGAUCGAUACUGGGAGCACCGUCAAUGUACUCUGCUGGCAGACGCUGGAGAAAAUGGGCGUCACACCAGACCAACUAAAACCCGAAACUCGAACACUAACGGGCUAUGAUGGGGUCGCUAAGAUGUCGAUGGGAGACGUAAAACUACAAGUACGAGCUGGCGGAGUGACCCGGAAGACUAAGUUUGCAGUCGUUGAUACACCACCAAUCUACAACGCUAUUUUGGGGGUACCAUGGAUAUAUGCGAUGCAAGCCGUACCGUCGACCUAUCACCUCUGCCUCAAAUUCCCAACUCCUACAGGAAUUUGCACGCUUUACGGCGACCAGAGGGUGGCCAGAGUCUGCUCUGUUAUCGAAAAAAAGCAGAGGAAGACGGAGACCGCAUAG